CCUCAUUCAUUGCACAUCAUGAUAUGCUGAAUUUUUUCGCCAUUGCUGAGAAUGAAUGUAAAGCUCGUGUAAGAUUCAAUCUUACUGAAAAGAUGCUUACGCCAUGUGGACCUCCUCCGGAAAGAGCUGAAGACUAAAGACCAAGUGAAAACAUUUUAACUGUUGAACAUGCUGAUUUGUAUUGGACCAAAAAGUGUUGGUAAAACUCUUCUGCUUAGGCGAUUACAACAAGCCAAUAUCCAUUGUGAUCCAUACGAUGAAAUUUUUUCUACUGUACCAACUGUUGGUGUUAACAUUGCUAGGAUUUCAUUUUCAAAGCAUCAUUACUUGAACGUUCAUGAAUUAGGUGGCUCAAUGGCAGCAAUUUGGCCAAUGCAUUUUGAUGGUUGCAAAGGCAUUAUGUUUGUCAUUGAUGCCGUUAAUUUACAACAAAUCAGCUGUGCAUGCAUUCUUUUAUAUGAAGCUCUAAAGCAUGACUCAUUACAAAAUAGUAAAUUCCUAAUAAUCCUGAAUAAAACUGAUAUAAAUUCAACCUUGGAGUUAUCAGAAGUAAAAUAUCUAUUGAGGUUGGAUGAUAUUUUGCUACAUGCAAAACAAGAAAUUAAUGUAAUAGAAAGCAGUUGUUUAACAGGUAAAGGAAUCUCAGAGAUAAAGAAUUGGCUUUCAACUUUUAGACCGUAAUUUAAAAUUGCUUUAAUUAUUAUUUUUUUGUUUUGUUUUGUAAUUGAUGCUUGUACUGUAUAAUUGAGUAAAUUUUUGAUAUAUUGUUCACUAAAAGGAUAUUAGCAUUUCAUUUUCUUUUGUCAUUCUUUAGAAACAUAAUAAAAGGAUUUCCUAAAA